AUGGGUGACAGGGCACCAGACAAUCACUCAGAUGUAACUGACUUCAUUCUUGUAGGCUUCAGAGUACGUACAGAGCUCUGCAUCUUCCUCUUCCUCCUGUUCCUGUUGGUCUAUGGCAUGGUCCUUUUGGGAAACAUUAGUAUGAUGGUCAUCAUUAUGACUGACUCCCAACUGAACACACCAAUGUAUUUCUUCCUGGGCAAUCUCUCCUUCCUUGACCUCUCCUACUCCACUGUUAUUGCUCCUAAAGCCAUGGGCAACUUCCUGUCUGAGAAAAAGACUGUCUCCUUUGUAGGCUGUGUUGUGCAGUCUUUCCUAUUUUCACUCUUCAUAGUGACAGAGGGGUUCGUACUGGCAGUCAUGGCUUAUGACCGCUUCAGUGCCAUCUGCUAUCCUCUUCUUUAUAGUGUCCACAUGUCACGACGUUUGUGUAUUCAGCUGGUUGCUGGCUCUUAUUUCUUUGGCUGGAUCAGUUCCACCCUCCAAGUCAGUGUAACAUUCUCAGUGUCCUUUUGUGCUUCCAGAGUCAUUGAUCAUUUCUACUGUGAUUCUUACCAAAUUGAGAAGAUCUCCUGCUCUAAUCUCUUUAUCAACAAGAUGGUGUCUCUGAGUUUGUCUAUUUUCAUUAUUUUGCCAACAAUAAUUGUCAUAACAGUAUCUUACAUAUAUAUCAUAUCCAAAGUUCUAAAAAUUCCCUCAAGGCAAGGGAGAAAGAAAGCCUUCUCUACCUGCAGUUCUCACCUUGGGGUUGUAAGUGUGCUUUAUGGAACAGUCUCGUUUGUGUAUCUCACACCUCCCAGAAAUCCUGAACUUCGCAAGGUGGCUUCAGUAUUUUACACACUGGUCACACCUAUGUUAAACCCUUUGAUCUACUCUCUAAGAAAUAAAGACGUCAAAGAGGCCUUGAGAAAAAUCUUGGUAGAGAAAAAUGUUUUAUUCUAA